GGGAUCUAAUAGAUGGACUCUCCGCUAAUAAACUGGAUACUUCCUACACUCACUUGCUCACUGGGUACAUUGGGAACCCAAAAAUUCCUCUAUAAGGUAGCUGAGGUAGUUUAAACAUCUCAAGGCUGUGUGUCCAUCGCUUACUUACA